AUGCCCGUCAACGAUAGCCAUCCUUAUGUGCCGGCGACUCCUGGUGAUAGCCGCUCUCCUUGCCCCGCUCUGAAUGCACUAGCCAACCAUGGCUACCUCCCUCGCGAUGGACGCAACGUGACUGCCUCGCAGCUGAUUACCGCAAUUGAGCAGCAGUAUAAGCUUGAUGCGGCUUUCACCCAAACACUCGUGUAUGGCGGUUUGGCGAAAUGUGGCCACUGGGAUGGCUUGUCGUGCAAGCUCGACCUUCAUGACCUAGCGAAGCACAACGUCAUCGAACACGACGGCUCCCUGGUCCACGAUGACACUGCCCCGGGAGAGACCUUCGCUCCCACUCGGGUCGACCCCGACCUCCUUCAUCAGCUCCUCGACACCUCCGAUUCAGACUUCCUCACCCUUCACGACCUCUGUCAAGCACAAGUAACGCGCCAAGAUGCUUCGCGGCCGAUAGGCUCUGUGCCCGCCGUCGUAUCGAAAGGCGAGCUCGACCUCAUCUAUGAGGUCUUCGGCAUCGUUCCUGGUUCUAAGGAGGCCUCCGAGACUGCUACGAAUGGAGGCAAGCUUGUGGUGCCAAAGUCAUACCUCAAGCAGUGGCUUGGGCAGGAGAGGCUGCCAGACGGCUGGAAGGGCCCAGUGAAUGCCAUCACGCUCACAUCGCUCGUGUCGCACAUCCACCAGAUUGGUGGGAUCGAGAAGGAGAUCAAGAUGACGGACAAGACUGAUUUGUGAACGUCGCGCGCACGCACACGCUCAUCCUGGGCCAUGGAUUCUCCGCGUUCAUUGGGACCAUAUCCGACACAUCCGUUCAUGUAUCGUAAAUCGCAGCUAUUCUUAACGUAAGCGCGGACUCUCAGGAAGUUAUAGGGACAUCAAUGUGCUUUGAACCAUGCCUU